AUGUUUGGCCAAGAACAAUUUCCAGGUGAAGACAUCGUGAAUAUAGUGAAACUCGUGAUAAAUGAAGUAUUUCAAGAAGUUCAGAGUGGUUCUGAAACCGAAAUGUUGACUGAACAUUGGAUUUCCCUGGUCGAAGAGAAAGUGCUAUGGAAUUUAUCGAAAAUGAAUAAGCCCUUUAAAUUCAUAGUGACCUGUGCAAUUUUGCAAAAGAACGGAGCUGGUUUUCACAGCGCUUCAGCUUGUUAUUGGGAUGACAACACAGAUGGAAGCUGCACUGUGCGUUGGGAAAAUGCGUUUAUGUGCUGUAUUGUAACAGUGUUCGGAUUGGCUGUAUGAAAACAUUAUUGAUACUCUUCAAAUUCCACAGCUUGUAUUUUACCGACCUUUUAAUAAAUAUU